GUGGGCGUUUCUUUAUUUUCAGAGCAGAGCAUUUCAUUCCCUGACAGUGUGCAGUCAAAUAAGAUCUACGCUAUUGGUGAGAAUCUAGUGAAAAGACAGGAACGUACACCAAAUCUGACCGCUGAUUGGUUAGAACAUCUUUUUGUCAAAGGCUCGUGGCUCUUUGACUACGGAUAGCGUCUUGUUAAACAAAUAUAUAUAAAGCCGACAGGCGCUCCACCCGCACAAGAAUAAUCUAACUUUAGUAAUUUUAUUGAUGAAACAAUGUGAUUCAUAUUUGAUGUAUUAAUGAAUAAUCCAAAGGAUUCAAUAUUCAAGGUUUUGCACUGAAACUGCGUUUGCCUUCUUCAGCACAGGUAACUCUCGGUCUUCCUUUCCUGUGGAGGUCCUCAUGAGAGCCAAUUUCAUCAUAUCGGUUUUUGCGACUGCACUUGAAGAAAACGUUUUUGAAAUGUCCCGUAUUGACUGACCUUCGUUUCCUAAAGUAAUGAUGGACUGUCGUUUCUCUUUUCUUAUUUGAACUGCCAUAAUAUGGACUUGGUCUUUUACCAAACAGGGCUAUUUCUGUAUACCAAGCCUACCUUGUCACAACACAACUGAUCGGCUCAAACACAUUGAGAAGGAAAGAAAUUCAAGAAAUUAACAAGGCACACCUUUUAAUUGAAAUGCAUUCCAGGCGACUACCUCAUGAAGCUUGUUGAGAGAAUGCCAAGAGUGUGCAAAGCUGUAAAGCUUUUGUUAUUAAGGCAAAAGGUGGCUACUUUGAAGAACCUCAAAUAUAAAAUAUUGUCACACCCUGAUCUGUUUCACCUGUCUUUGUGCUUGCCUCCACCCCCCUCCGGGUGUCUACAAUCUUCCCCAUUAUCCCCAGGGUAUUUAUACCUGUGUUCUCUGUUUGUCUGUUGCCAGUUUGUUUUGUGAAACCUACCAGAGUUUUUCCACUUUCUUCUGUCUGUUCUAGUUCCUGUUUUCUAGUUUUUCCCGGUUUUGACCAUUCUGCCUGCCCAGACCCUGCCUGCUGUUCUGUACCUUGCCAUACCACACUGGAAUAUUGAUCCCUACCUGCUCUGACCUUGAGACUCCCUGCCGUUCUGGACCUUUUGUACCCUAUCUGGAUUACUGACCUCUGCCUACCUGUUGUUUUGCCUGCCCCUGUAACUAGUAAUACACUUUUGUUACUUUGACACUCUGCAUAUGGGUCUUACCUGAAACGUGAUACAUAUGUUUUGAUUUGUUAAACAGUUUUGGUUUACUACAUGAUUCCAUAUGUGUUAUUUCAUAGUUUUGAUGUCUUCACUAUUAUUCUACAAUGAGUAGGUGUGUCCAAACUUUUGCUUGGUACUGUACUUAGAUUUCAACAAACAUUAAUGACAUCAUACUUGCUCAAACCUUCAUGUUCCUACAGUAUCCAUACCCAUCUUGUUUGUUCUCAUAAUAACAUGCUUUCUUAUUUUUCAUCAUUUUGGUAUUUCAUGGGCUUGUAAUACUUUAUGCCAUAUGGCUUCAAAUUGUUCUAUUUUAUUUCUAUCAUUAGGCCACAUUUUUUCAAUAUUUUAAUAAUAAUGCAUUUGAUUCAUCUAUUGAUAGAAGAUCAUUUGAUUUCCAUUUCCCCUCAAAAUUAUUGACGAGAAAAUAAUGAUCCAACCCAUCGGAUAUCUCACUUCACCCUCAUAUGCCAUGUCUUGAAAUACGCAGAUAGAUGGAUUAAAAGUAAACUUACAUUGUAAAACUUCUGAUAGCCAACUUUCUAACUCCUCCCAUAACUUUUGUACUUCAUAGCACUCCCAGAAGGCAUGAAUUAUUGAGUAAUUGUUUGUUUUACAUUUAAGACAUGACUCUACCAUUGUGUUGUAGAAUUUGUGUAUUUUGUCUCUUGUAUAAUACAUUCUUGUAACGUUCGUCGUCUGAAGAAGGAUCGGACCAAAGCGCAGCGUGGUAAGUGUUGAUGAUUUUUUAUUAGAACACUAUAACAAAAUAACAAGAGAAUAAAUGAAACCGUCCUGUAAGAUGCAAAACACUAAACAGAAAAUAACUACCCACAAAAACCAUGUGGGAAAAAGCUACCUAAGUAUGGUUCUCAAUCAGAGACACCGAUAGACAGCUACCUCUGAUUGAGAACCACACCCGGCCAAACACAAAGAAAUACAAAACAUAGAAAAUGAACAUAGAAUGCCCACCCAAAUCACACUGUGACAAUUCUAUACAUUAGUUUAUACUUGGUUAAGCGUACAUUUUUGGUAGCUGUAAUUUUGUUAUUUAUGUUCCAACACUUCCAUCUUGUGCCAAUAUCAGUUAUUUUUAUGUCUUGAUUCCAAUAAUUUAUAUAUUAUAUAUUUAAGAGAUUGUCAGUUGGAUAGGCUCUCUGCAAGGUUUUGUAGGCUAUAUCUUACCUAUCAUAUGAGUAUCCUUUUCUGACUCAAAUAGGAUAUCCUCAACAUUGCUUGGAUGUAAAAAAAUAUUUCAGAUCGAAAGUACGUCAUAUAAAACUGUUAAAUUGCAUAUAUUCGAGAGAGAAAAAAGUACACUGCUUUGUUUCCGAUGUAGACAUUAUAAAGAUAUCUGUUAAAUGAAAUAAUCUAACAAGCUAAUCUACCCCCUCCACCCACCCCCAGUACUAAACCAAAGCCCAAAAAUCUAAGCAUUGUCAUAUCAUGCAACACACAUAGACCUAAUGCAUAUGGAUUAGGGUCUAAAUCCUCAUCAGAAAUGAUAGCUCAUGGCCAGAUAGAUAUUAUUGACUGACUGUGAACUCAUUCUCUGCUCUCAUCUCCUGUAUCUAGUUUGCCAUGGCGACUGUGGUGAUGGAGCAGAUUGGUCGCCUGUUCAUCAAUGCUCAACAGUUGCGUCAGAUUCCUCAGCUGCUCGAGUCGGCCUUCCCUACUCUGCCCUGCACUGUGAAAGCCCAUGACGUGCCCUGGGUGUUCCGUGAGCCUCACAUCAUUGGAGGCUACAGGCAGCCGGACCACAGUUGGCGCUACUACUUCCUCACCCUCUUCCAGAGGCACAACGAGGCACUCAACGUUUGGACCCACCUGCUGGCCGCCUUCAUCAUCCUGGUCAAGUGCCAGGAGCUGUCCGAGACAGUGGAUUUCCUCCGUGACCCCCACGCCCAGCCCCUGUUUAUCGUCCUCCUCUCAGCCUUCACCUACUUGUCGUUCAGUGCCCUGGCCCACCUGCUCAACGCCAAGUCCGAGCUCUCCCACUACACCUUCUACUUCCUGGACUAUGUGGGCGUGGCCAUAUACCAGUAUGGCAGCGCCCUUGCCCACUAUUACUACGCCAUCGAGGAGGGCUGGCACGCCCGGGUGCGAGGGAUCUUCCUGCCCACCGCAGCGUUCCUGGCCUGGUUCUCGUGCUUCGGCUGCUGCUACGGAAAGUAUGCCAGCCCGAGGCUGCCCAAGUUUGCCCACAAGCUCUUCCAGGUGGUUCCCUCGGGCCUGGCCUACUGCCUGGACAUCAGCCCCGUGCUGCACCGCAUCUACAGCUGCCACCAGCAGGAGGGGGGCUGCUCCAACCAGGCUGUGGCUUACCACCGCUACCAGGUACUCUUUUUCCUGGUGAGCGCCUACUUCUUUGCCUGUCCCCACCCAGAGUGCUGGCUGCCCGGGCGAUGUGACUUCAUUGGCCAGGGCCACCAGAUCUUCCACGUGUUCCUGGUGCUGUGCACUCUGGUGCAGAUCGAGGCGACACGCAUAGACUACAUUGAGCGGAGGCCCCUCUACGAGCGUCUCCACGGCAACCUGGCCCACGACACAGUGGCGCUCUUCGUCUUUACAGCAUGUUGCAGCGCGCUCACUGCCUUCUACGUGCGGAAACGUGUGCAGGCGCAAAUGCUUGAGAAAGUGGAGUAGGAGCUGUCAGGACAGAGGGAUAAAUUAGGAUAAGGGAGAAAGACUUUAAUCUGAUUUACACUGGGAAGCUAAAAAGACAAGAGAUUAAACAAAUCAGACUGUUGAUUUUGGCCUGCCAAAUGACAUUUUAAACUGGCAACAUAGACUUUGUCUUGCGAUGUUGACCUUCCAGGAAGACAGAAAAACCUGGUAGGUUCUGUCUGUCACAGCACAAGCAGAACCUGUAACACUUCAAAUAACAUUGCUUCACUUCACAGAGAUGGUAAAAUGAAGGUUGGAAUUGAGACUUUUUUAUUGUGUUGAUUUUCCUCUUAAUUUUCCACUCGCUACUGUGAGAUCACAUGUCAUGGCCUAGCUAUCUACUGAAUAGUCAGAAUGACUUUUUGACUUUAUACAGUAUUGACUGACCAACUCCAAGCAUGACACAAACCAUCUCAAUAGAGGUAUGCAGGAAAGAAUGGAAAGUAUAUUCACAUUGCCCUUAAGUGCAUAAUCAAAUAAAUAAUUAUAAUAAGAAUUUAAAAUAAGAAUUUCUCACCAGCUUUUAUUUCUUAAAAAUACAAUGUGAGUUUCAAAGUGAUUUGACUCCCAAGUCAAAUGUUAGUGCUUAACAAAGACCAGUAUUAUUUUUUUUAUUCCUUGGUUAUCCCAUGAUAUUCCAGCGAGCUGCAGUCAACACUGCCAAAUGACUCAUUCUCUGUGUUUUAUCUACCAUUUUCUCUGCCCAUUUUCUCCAAAGCUAUGUUUUCUAAGUGAUUGAGAUGCCUUUACGGACUGUCAGAUAUAAUAGACUGGCAGUUAGACUUGGCUAGAGGCAUAGAGCACACAAUUUGCAAACCAAACCGAACAUUUCUCCUCUAAGAUACAUAAAUUGGCCAUUUUACUAACAUGCGGAUUUAUCAUGUCAAAGAACAAAGCUGGCACUCUUAGGAGAGUUGGCGUAAGAAAUGGAUGGAAUUAUGUGCCCAAGAUUACAAAGAUGUCUCUUUGUCGUUGUGAUAAUAUUCCUUUUGUAUUCAAAGGGCUGGAACUUCAGCUUUUGCUUUGUCACACCCGAUGAUGUCAAUGCCUUUGUGUGUAUUGUUCAGUCUUUUCAUGGACUUGACUUUACGCACAAAAGGGCUGUCUGAGUACUGAGUAUGGUGACUUACUGUUUGUAUAUUUGUAUAUGUAUGGUUGGGUAUGUAUGUGCCUUGAAGCAUGUCUCUUUGCGUGUAUAUAGGUUUGUGUGUGAUUCAGAUGUGAAUGUGUUUGAAAGCCUGUCUUUGCACUGCUUUCUUGUAUUCGAGACCCUCCUCAAGAACAUUGUAGUCCUUUAACAUCCUCUCAAGUCUCUUAGGGUGACAUUUUAAGUCUGUCACACAGCAGCGAAAGGUGAAAAAAAUGACUCACAAUAGAGCUGGAUUUAUUUUAAAACCUAUUUUUAUGAUGUCCAUGAAACUGUGGCAAUAAUAUAUUUAGAUCUAAAGUAAACAAUGCAUUUAUUACACAGGUACUCAAAUCAGGACCAGGAGACAAUCAUUCCAAUACUCAAUUUGAAUGAAAUGCCAUUUAAAAUGUUCAUUUUAGAUGAAUAAGAUAAUGUUGCCCUUGUGUUCUGUUGUGAGAUGCCUCCUAAAACGUAUGUCAUUUUAUAUGUGCUGAUCAGAUGGAGGUUUGAGGUGGCAUUGAACUUUACAGACCUGAGAGCACUGACGGGUUUGGGUUCAGCCAAAGUCACUGAUAAUGUCACCUAUAAAGCUUAGACUAAUAUCUAACAGGUGACGAAAAGGUUAAAUCAUGACCGACUUACAGGUAACUGCCAAAAUAAAGGAAACACUUAAGGAAAUGAGGGAUACAAAGUAUAUUGAAAGCAGGUGCUUCCACACAGAUGUGAUCCUGAGUUAAUUAGGCAAUUAACUUAGGAUGCCACCAUGCUUAGGAUCAUGUAUAAAAAUGCCCAGUUGCCCAUUAUUUUGGCUACCAUGGCUAGAAGAAGAGAGCUCAGUGACUAUGAGAGGGGUCUCAAAAGAUCAUAGGGGGUUUAAAGUGUGUGUGUGUGUGUGUGUGUGUGUGUGUGUGUGUGUCUCAGUCACCAGAUCUCAACCCAAUUGAACACUUAUGGGAGAUUCUGGAGUGGCGCCUGAAACAGCGUUUUCUACCACCAUCAACAAAACACCAAAUUAUGGAAUUUCUCAUGGAAGAAUGAUGUCGCAUCCCUCAUAUAGAGUUCCAGAUACUUGUAGAAUUUAAGCCAAGGAGUAUUGACGCUGUUCUGGUGGCUCGUGCUGGCCCAACUUCCUAUUAAGAAACUUUAUGUUGGCGUACCUUUAUUUUGGCAGUUACCUGAAUUUGAAUUGUUAUGGUUUCACUGAUAAAGUGGUUGCAAUGCUUCUACACCUUCUACACCUGCAUUGCUUGCUGCUUGGGGUUUUAGGCUGGGUGUCUGUACAGCACUUUGUGACAUCAGCUGAUGUAAGAAGGGCUUUAUAAAUACAUUUGAUUGAUUAAUUGAUUGCAAUGACUACAAUACAAUGAUUGUGACCCCUAGUAUCCAAACUACGCGCCAUUCCUAACACAAGCGCCAUUCCUAACACAAACCACCUCUGAGUUAUAUAACUGUUAACCUUGAUACUACUGACUCUCACUGUCCUGCACGGAACCUAAUUCUAACCACUGUAUCCAGUUUUACCCAGCAUUGCUACUGGUAGGUUACUGUUUUUUGUCAGGAAUCUUGUUCUGGAGGCAGCUCUGCAGGGUGGUCACUAGCUGGCACAGCCACAAAGUCAUUCAAUUUGAUUUUAACCACACUGCAUACCCCAGAGGUGGCACCACAGGUACCAGAGUGGUGUGACAGAAAAAUUAUUCUGGGACCCGUAGUUUUUCCUGAUCUGAUAACCUAACCAGAUAAAACUCAUUACUUUAUACAGUAUGACGUGAUUAAUCUGUUGUAAAAAGGAUGAAUAUGGGCUAUGAUGGGACCAGAGUUGAAAAGCAUGUCAAACUGCCUUAUAGUUGUUCAUAUUACUAGAACGACUAGGGGGGUUUCCUAUAUACAGUCGUGGCCAAAAGUUUUGAGAAUGACACAAAUAUUCAUCUUCACAGUCUGCUGCCUCAGUUUGUAUGAUGUUCAUUUGCAUAUACUCCAGAAUGUUAUGAAGAGUGAUCAGAUGAAUUGCAAUUAAUUGCAAAGUCCCUCUUUGCCAUGCAAAUGAACUGAAUCCCCCCAAAACAUUUCCACUGCAUUUCAGCCCUGCCACAAAAGGACCAGCUGACAUCAUGUCAGUGAUUCCCUCAUUAACACAGGUGUGAGUGUUGACGAGGACAAGGCUGGAGAUCACUCUGUCAUGCUGAUUGAGUUCGAAUAACAGACUGGAAGCUUCAAGAGAAGGGUGGUGCUUGGAAUCAUUGUUCUUCCUCUGUCAACCAUGGUUACCUGCAAGGAAACACGUGUCGUCAUCAUUGAUUUGCACAAAAAGGGCUUCACAGGCAAGGAUAUUGCUGCCAGUAAGAUUGCACCUAAAUCAAACAUUUACCGGAUCAUCAAGAACUUCAAGGAGAGUGGUUCAAUUGUUGUGAAGAAGGCUUCAGGGUGCCCAAGAAAGUCCAGCAAGCGCCAGGACCAUCUCCUAAAGUUGAUUCAGCUGCGGGACCGGGGCACCACCAGUACAGAGCUUGCUCAGGAAUGGCAUCAGGCAGGUGUGAGUGCAUCUGCACGACUUUUGGAGGAUGACCUGGUGUCAAGAAGGGCAGCAAAGAAGCCACUUUUCUCCAGGAAAAACAUCAAGGACAGACUGAUAUUCUACAAAAGGUACAGGGAUUGGACUGCUGAGGACUGGGGUAAAAUCAUUUUCUCGGAUUAAUCCCCUUUCCGAUUGUUUGGGGCAUCUGGAAAAAAGCUUGUCUGGAGAAGACAAGGUGAGCGCUACCAUCAGUCCUGUGUCAUGUCAACAGUAAAGCAUCCUGAGACCAUUCAUGUGUGGGGUUGCUUCUCAGCCAAGGGAGUGGGCUCACUCACAAUUUUGACUAAGAACACAGUCAUGAAUAAAGAAUGGUACCAACACAUCCUCCGAGAGCAACUUCUCCUAACCAUCCAGGAACAGUUUGGUGAUGAAUAAUGCCUUUUCCAACAUGAUGUUGCACCUUGCCAUAAGGCAAAAGUGAUAACUAAGUGGCUUGGGGAACAAAACCUUGAUAUUUUGGGUCCAUGGCCAGGAAACUCCCCAGACCUUAAUUCCAUUGAGAACUUGUGGUCAAUCCUCAAGAGACGGGUGGACAAACAAAAACCUACAAAUUCUGACAAACUCCAAGCAUUGAUUAUGCAAGAAUGGGCUGCCAUCAGUCAGGAUGUGGCCCAGAAGUUAAUUGACAGCAUGCCAGGGCGGAUUGCAGAGGUCUUGAAGAAGAAGGGUCAACACUGCAAAUAUUGACUCUUUGCAUCAACUUCAUGUAAUUGUCAAUAAAAGCCUUUGACACUUACGAAAUGCUUGUAAUUGUACUUCAGUAUUCCAUAGUAACAUCUGACAAAAAUAUCUAAAGACACUGAAGCUGCAAACUUUGUAAAAAUGUAUAUUUGUGUCAUUCUCAAAACUUUUAGCCGCGACUGUACAUACACAGAGAAAGCAACGUUAUUGGACAAUACAACUCACAGGGCUGAGCUUGUUUUAUGCAGGUUUGCAAUGUUUAGUCCUGCCCUAUGCAACUGUAGGCCUAAUUAAACAUUUACUCACAGUCUAUGUCAGCUAUUGUGUUUAUUGAUUAAUAAGCCCUGAAUAAAUACAUCAAACAAAUACAAUGUACAAAAUUACAAAACAUAUUAAGAAAAACAGACACAUUACUCUGAACUGAGCAAGGGGACCAGAACAUAUCAUUUCAGAGAGCUCUGUAAAUUGUUCCACAUAAACCACUAGAUGCUGUUUUCCAUUUUGCCCUUAGGUGGUGGGCCGCUUUGCAUCUAAGGAGAGAGCAGCAUUUUCUUGUGUUAAUCUACAAAGCACUCAUGCAGAAACUUACUAUGUAUCUAUCAUCAUUAAUUCCAUUUAGAUGCACAAAUGAUCAAACCCGGUCUCAGGCUUGGUUUCCACAGAGUCUCCACAUAGUUGGGUAAAGACUUACCCUUUAAGUGUAAAUGCUGCUGCAUGCAUAUAGAUAACAUCCCCAUAGUCUAAAAUAGACGUACAGUUGAAGUUGGAAGUUUACAUACAACUUAGCCUAAUACAUUUAAACUUAGAUUUUCACAAUUCCUGACAUUUAAUCCUAAUACGAAUUCCCUGUCUUAGGUCAGUUAAUUAUAACCACUUUAUUUUAAGAAUGUGAAAUGUCAGAAUAGUAGUAGAGAGAAUGAUUUAUUUCAGCUUUUAAUUCUUUCAUCACAUUCCCAGUUGGUCAGUAGCAUUGCGUUCAAUUGUUUAACUUGGGUCAAACGUUUCAGGUAGCCUUCCACAAGCUUCCCACAAUAAGUUGGGUGAAUUUUGGCCCAUUCCUCCUGACAGAGCUGGUGUAACUGAGUCAGGUUUGUAGGCCUCCUUGCUCACACAAGCUUUUUCAGUUUUGCCCACAAAUUGUCUAUAGGAUUGAGGUCAGGGUUUUGUGAUUGCCACUCCAAUACCUUGACUUUGUUGUCCUUAAGCCAUUUAGCCACAACUUUGGAAGUAUGCUUGGGGUCAUUGUCCAUUUGGAAGACCCAUUUGCGACCAAGCUUUAGCUUCCUGACUGAUAUCUUGAGAUGUUGCUUCAAUAUAUCCACAUAAUUUCCCCCACUCAUGAUGCCAUCUAUUUUGUGAAGUGCACGAGUCCCUCCUGCAGCAAAGCACCCCCACAACAUGAUGCUUCCACCGCCGUGCUUCAUGGUUGGGAUGGUGUUCUUCGGCUUGCAAGCCUCCCCCUCUUUCCUCCAAACAUAAUGAUGGUCAUUAUGGCCAAACAGUUAUAUUUUUGUUUCAUCAGACCAGAGGACAUAUCUCCAAAAAGUAUGAUCUUUGUCCCCAUGUGCAGUUGCAAACCGUAGUCUGGCUUUUUUAUGGCAGCUUUGGAGCAGUGGCUUCUUCCUUGCUGAACGGCCAUUCAGGUUAUGUCAUUAUAGGACUCGUUUUACUGUGGAUAUAGAUACUUUUGUACCUGUUUCCUCCAGCAUCUUCACAAGGUCCUUUGCUGUUGUUCUGGGAUGGAUUUGCACUCUACGCACCAAAGUACGUUCAUCUCCAGGAGAUAGAACGCGUCUCCUUCCUGAGCGGUAUGACGGCUGCGUGGUCCCAUGGUGUUUAUACUUGCAUACUAUUGUUUGUACAGAUUAAACGUGGUACCUUCAGGCAUUUGGAAAUUGCUCCCAAGGAUGAACCAGACUUGUGGAGGUCUACAAUUGUUGUUCUGAGGUCUUGGCUGAUUUCUUUUGAUUUUCCCAUGAUGUCAAGCAAAUAAGCACUGAGUUUGAAGGUAGGCCUUGAAAUACAUCCACAGGUACAUCUCCAAUUGACUCAAAUGAUGUCAUUUAGCCUAUCAGAAGCUUCUAAAGCCAUGACAUAAUUUUCUGGAAUUUUCCAAGCUGUUUAAAGGCACAGUCAACUUAGUGUAUGUAAACUUCUGACCGACUAGAAUUGUGAUACAGUGAAUUAUAAGUGAAAUAAUCUGACUGUAAACAAUUGUUGGAAAAAUGACUUGUGUCAUGCACAAAGUAGAUGUCCUAACCGACUUGCCAAAACUAUAAUUUGUUAACAAGAAAUUUGUGGAAUGGUUGAAAAAUGUGUUUUAAUGACUCCAACCUAAGUAUAUGUAAUUUUCCAAUUUCAACUGUACAAGUGGCCUGGACAAUUUCCUUCCUAUUAACAAAAGUAAGACAUUCUUUUUUUCUGUAAAAGAAACCAACCUUGAACUUCAACUUCUUCACCAGCUCAGUAACAUGUUUCAUAAAUGACAGUUUGUCAUCAAGCCAGAUACCAAGAUAAUUGUCGGAAGGAACUCGCUCAAUUUGUGUACCGUUCAAACUAGUCAUUACAAAUUUAUUUAAAUCUGGUUUAUGGGACCUAGAAAAAAGCAUGUGUUUUGUUUUGUUUGCAUUUAGUUAAUACUCUUACACAAAGAGAUUGCCGUUAUAAAACUGCAGUAAAAGUGCAGUAACUGCAGUCAACUGUGAUAUUUUGAACACAGUAAUUCCAGAAUAACUGCAGUGUACUGCUCUUGAACUGCAGUUAUACUGCACUGUAACUGCAGUUACACUGCAAAAUUACAGCAGUGAAAAAAGCAGUUUAUUUUGGACUCUGCAGACUGCAGUUAUACUGUGCUCUAACUGCAGCUAUUGUGCAGUGUACUGCAGUUAUAUUGCACUCUGGUUGCAAUCUUUUUUAUCAAGGGAAAUUUUCUUACGGGUAAUUUUAGAUUGUAAAGUCUAGGUAGUUUGAAUAUUUGAAAAUUAACCAAAUUUGAUUCCAUUCACAUUUUCUCACAAACAAAUGGCCGAUAAAUAAACAACGCUACCACUUAAUUUACCCUGGCCAGAGAGACAGGUUGCGUAAUAGGCUAGACAGUUGUUAGUAGCUUACAGUAGAUCAGACUGACGUGUCUACACUUGACAAUUACAUGCGACUUCUGUUAUCAGAUUACGAAGAUCGCAUUGAAAGGUCUGGUUGAGUGCUUUGCUUUUGUGGUCUGAUUGUGUUCAGAUCUGUCUGACCACUUCAAGAGGUGGUCAAGGAUGCAUUGUGAGGCCUCCCGGGUGGCGCAGUGGUCUAGGGCACUGCAUCGCAGUGCUAACUGCGCCACCAGAGUCUCUGGGUUCGCCCCCAGGCUCUGUCGCAGCCGGCCGCGACCGGGAGGUCCGUGGGGCGACGCACAAUUGGGCCAGCGUCGUCCGGGUUAGGGAGGGUUUGGCCGGUAGGGAUUUCCUUGUCUCAUCGCGCUCCAGCGACUCCUGUGGCGGGCUGGGUGCAGUGCGCGCUAACCAAGGGGGGCCAGGUGCACGGUGUUUCCUCCGACACAUUGGUGCGGCUGGCUUCCGGGUUGGAGGCGCGCUGUGUUAAAGAAGCAGUGCGGCUUGGUUGGGUUGUGCUUCGGAGGACGCAUAGCUUUUGACCUUCGUCUCUCCCGAGCCCGUACGGGAGUUGUAGCGAUGAGACAAGAUAGUAAUUACUAGCGAUUGGAUACCACGAAAAUUGGGGAUAAAAGGGGAUAAAAUAAAAAAAAAUAAAAAAAGGAUGCAUUGUGUGCGGAUUGCUCCUCUGUCUUCAUGCAAUCAGGCUAUGGCAAGCGCAUACAGUGGGCUACGUCAUCAGCACUCCAGAAAACAAGUUUUUUGGGACCGAGACCCACCUUUUCAUUAUAAUGUUGGAGGAAAUACGUUCCUCACGCGCUAGGAACGUAUUUUCUGGCCUCAUAAAUGCUAGCCAGCUAGCUAAUAUUUAGAAAAACAUUUGUUUUGUUUGGCUACAGAGGGUAGCUGGAUAGUUAGCUACAGUAGUUAGCUGCUGCCAUCUGUGUUAUCAUAUUUUGCCUAUGCCACCAUUUGUAGAAUGCAUACUGGCAUUUGAAUAUAGCACGGGAAAAGGAAAUAUCAGAUUUACAUAAGUUUUCAUAUAUAGACCCUUUACUCAGUACUUUUCUGAAGCACCUUUCGCAGCGAUUACAGCCUCGCGUCUUCUUGGGUAUGACGGGACAAGCUUGGCAAACUUGUUUUUGGGGAGUUUCUCCCAUUCUUCUCCAGGUAUCCUCUCAAGCUCUGUCAGUUGUAAUGUGGAGCGUUGCUGCACAGCUAUUUCAGGUCUCUACAAAGAUGUUCAAUCAGGUUCAAGUCCGGGCGCUGGCUGGGAUACUCAAGGACAUUGUUUAUUUAUUUAUUUUGAUUUAACUAGACAGGUCAGUUAAGAACAAAUUCUUACUUACAAAUGACGGCCUACCCCGGCGAAAAACCCGGACAACGCUGAGCCAAUUGUGCUCCGUCCUAUAGGACUCCCAAUCAUGGCUGGUUGUGAUACAGCCUGGAAUUGAACCAGGUUCGGUAGUGAUACCUCUAGCAGUGAAAUGCAGUGCCUUAGACUGCUGCGCCACUCAGGAGCCCAAAUUCAGAGACUUGUCCCGAAGCCACUCCUGUGUUAUCUUGGCUGUGAGCUUAGGGACGUUGUCCUGUUGGAAGGUGAACCUUCACACCAGUCUGAGGUCUUGAGCACUCUGGAACAGGUUUUCAUCAAGGAUCUCUCUGCGCUCCGUUCAUCUUUCCCUCGAUCCUGACUAUUUUUUCAGUCCCUGUCGCUGAAAUAAAUACCCAUAGCAUCGGACUGCUUUUUCUCGACCACAUCUCUGGAUUCCUACCGCAAGCUCUGAACCUUUACACUGGAUCAUCCUAGCUAGCUAGCUGCUAUCCGAGUAGCUACUCCUGGCUAAUGUCUCUGUCCCGAAGCAAGCACCAGUUAGCCUGGAGCUAGCCUCGAGCUAGGCCCAUUUCCCGGCUAGCCAAAGAGGUCCACCAGCCAAUUCUUGGGCUACAAUACCUCUUUUGCCAAUUGGCCUGGACCAUUUACUGCUGACACGGAGCCCCGCCGAUCCAUCACGACUGGUCUGCCGAUGUAACCAUCCGAGGUGGUCUCAACAGGCUCUUCCAUUGCGACGUUGCCGGAUUUCCAUCUGCUAUCCCCGGCCCGCUAGCUGUCUGAAUCGCAGUGUCUCCAGCUCGCCUAGCGUAGUAGCGACUACGAAAUUGACUCCCUGAAACAUCUAUUGCUACUCAUUGGAUCCUACGAUCACUCGGCUAGACAUGCCUCUCCCUAAUGUCAAUAUGCUUUGUCUAUUGCUGUUUUGGUUAGUGAUUAUUGUCUUAUUUCACUAUAGAGCCCCUAGCCCAGCCCGAUAGGCCUUAGAUAGCCAUUUUGUUCCACCCCCCACACAUGCGUUGACCUCACCUGGCUUAACUGGUGCCUCCAGAAACAAAACCUCUCUCAUCGUCACUCAAUGCCUAGGUUUACCUCCACUGUACUCACAUCCUACCAUACCAUUGUCUGUACACUAUGCCUUGAAUCUAUUCUUCCGAGCCCAGAAACCUGCUCCUUUUACUUUCUGUUCCGAACGCACUAGACGACCAGUUCUUAUAGCCUUUAGCCGUACGCUUAUCCUACUCCUUCUCUGUUCCUCUGGUGAUGUAGAGGUUAACUUCAUUGGGAUAGGGGGCGGUAUUUUGACGUCCGGGUGAAAAGCGUGUCCAAAGUAAACUGCCUGCUACUCAGGCCCAGAAGCUAGGAUAUGCAUAUAAUUGGUCGAUUUGGAUAGAAAACACUCUAAAGUUUCUAAAACUGUUAAAAUAAUGUCUGAGUAUAACAGAACUUAUUUGAAAGGCGAAACCCCGAGGACAAACCAUCCAGGAUUUUUUUUUUGGAGUUCACUGUGUUUUUCCAUUAUUUUCUAUGGGAAUCUAGAUUUCUGAGGCACCUCGUUGCAGUUCAUAUGGCUUCCACUAGAUGUCAACAGUCUUUAGAAAUUGGUUGAUGUUUUUCUUUUGAGUAAUGAAGAAGUAACCCUUUCCGAGUGUCGAGCCUAGUGGACUGUUUUGUUUGGGGCGCACGACCUUCGCUCACCCAGCUACACAAUACCCCAUAAUGAAAGUCAAAACAUGUUUUUAGAAAUAGUUGUACAUUUUGUUGAAAAUAACAACUCGCUCCAAUCGCUCGCUCCACUUUCAUUUUAUCCGCUAUUGAACACAGUAUAUUCCGUCUUCAAUAUUAUCAAUUAUUUACGUUUUAAAAUACCUAAAGUUGGAUUAGGAAAGUUGUUUGAAAUGUUUGGACCAAGAUUACAGGUAAUUUAUUAGAUAAUUUGAAGUCAUUUUGGGUGAGUUGGAACCGGUGUUUUUCUGAAUCAAACGUGCCAAAUAAAUUGACAUUUUGGUGACAUAAUGAUGGAAUUUAUCGAACAAAAAGACCAUUUGUGAUGUUUAUGGGACAUUUGAGUGCCAACAGAAGAAAAUUUUCAAAGGUAAGGUGUCGCGCCUGGCGGGUUGAAAUAUGACUGUCGUGUUUGUAUGAUGGGGUGCUGUCCUCAGAUAAUCGCAUGGUUUGCUUUCGCCGUAAAGCCUUUUUGAAAUCUGACAAGAAUUAAACUGUAUUUUGGUGUAUUGCACUUGUGAUCUUAUGAAAGUUAAAUAUUUAUAAUAAUUUAAUUUUUGAAUUUGGCGCUCUGCCAUUUCACCGGAUGUUGUCAUAUCGAUCUCGCUAAUGGGAUUUGAUCAAUAAGAAGUUUAACCCAGGCCCUGCAGCCCCCAGCACCACUCCCAUUCCCCAGGCGCUCUCAUUUGUUGACUUUUGUAACCGUAAAAGCCUCGGUUUCAUGCAUGUUAACUUUAGAAGCCUCUUCCCUAAGUUUGUUUUAUUCACUGGGGGGCAGAAUUUUUAUGUUUGGAAAAAUAACGUUCCCAAAGUAAGCUGCCUAUUUCUCAGGUCCAGAUGCUAUAAUAUACAUAUAAUUGACAGAGUAGGAUAGAAAACACUCUAAAGUUUCCAAAACUGUCAAAAUAUUGUCUGUGGGCCUCCCGGGUGGCGCAGUGUUCUAGGGCACUAGAACACUGCGCCACCAGAGUCUCUGGGUUCGCGCCCAGGCCCUGUCGCAGCCGGCCACGACCGGGAGGUCCGUGGGGCGACGCACAAUUGGCAUAGCGUCGUCCGGGUUAGGGAGGGUUUGGCCGGUAGGGAUAUCCUUGUCUCAUCGCGCUCCAGCGACUCUAUAGCGGGCCGGGCGCAGUGCGCGCUAACCAAGGGGGCCAGGUACACGGUGUUUCCUCCGACACAUUGGUGCGGCUGGCUUCCGGGUUGGAGGCGCGCUGUGUUAAGAAGCAGUGCUGCUUGGUUGGGUUGUGCUUCGGAGGACGCAUGGCUUUCGACCUUCGUCUCUCCCGAGCCCGUACGGGAGUUGUAGCGAUGAGACAAGAUAGUAAUUACUAGCGAUUGGAUACCACGAAAAUUGGGGAGAAAAUGGGGUAAAAUUUCUUUAAAAAAAAAAAAUUACAAAAUAUUGUCUGUGAGUAUAACAGAACUGAUUUUGCAGGCGAAAACCUGAGGAAAUCCAACCCGGAAGUGCCUCUUAUUUUGAAAAAUCACUGUUCCAUUGCCUGCCUUUCGUCCAUUUAAAGGGAUAUCAACCAGAUUCAUUUUCCUAUGGCUUCUUCAGGGUGUGAACAGUCUUUAGACAUAGCUUCAAGCUUUUAUUCUGAAAAAUGAGUGAGAUUUUUCAAUUUGCGUCAGUGGAUAGCUGAAUGUCCUUCCAUUAGUUUAUGCACGCGACACUGUUAGCUAGACAUUUUCUUUCUCUCAAGUAUUGAAUAGUUUCCAGUCCAGUUGAAAUAUUAUCGAUUAAUUAUGUUAAAAACAACCUGACGAUUGAUUAUUAAAAACGUUUGACAUGUUUCUACGAACUUUACGGAUACUAUUUGGAAUUUUCGUCAACCCUUGAUGACCUGCCUAAGGCUGUGGAAUACUGAACAUAAUGCGCCAAACAAAUUGAGUUUUUUUGAUAUAUAAAUAAUCCUUAUCGAACAGAAGGAACAUUUAUUGUGUAACUGGGAGUCUCGUGAGUGCAAACAUCUGAAGAUCAUCAAAGGUAAGCGAUUAAUUCUAUUGCUUUUCUGACUUUCGUGACCAGGUGUUUGUAAUGUUUUGUCUAGUAAUCGAUAAACUCACACAAACGCUUGGAUUGCUUUUUCUGUAAAGCAUAUUUUCAAAAUCUGACACGACAGGUGGAAGCUAACAAGCUAAGGUGUGUUUUGCUAUAUUGCACUUGUGAUUUCAUGAAUAUAAAUAUUUUUAGCAAUUUAUUUUGAAUUUGGCGCUCUGCAAUUCAGCGGUUGUUGAUGAAAAUGAUCCCGCUAAAGGGAUCCGUGCGUCAAGAUUAAGCACACUUCGCAAACCCUGAUGUCCUAGUCUUGUCUGAAUCAUGGCUGAGGAAGGCCACCAAAAAUCUUGAAAUGUUCAUCCCUAACUAUAACAUCUUCCGACAAGAUAGAACUGCCAAAGGAGGCGGAGUUGCAAUCUACUGCAGAGAUAGCCUGCAGAGUUCUGUCUUACUAUCCAGGUCUGUGCCGAAACAAUUUGAGCUUCUACUUUUAAAAAUCCACCUUUCCAGAAACAAGUCUCUCACCGUUGCCGCUUGUUAUAGACCCCCUUCAGCCCCCAGCUGUGCCCUGGACACCAUAUGUGAAUUGAUUGCCCCCCAUCUAUCUUCAGAGUUCGUAAUGUUAGCUGACCUAAACUGGAAUAUGCUUAACACCCCGGCCAUCCUACAAUCUAAGUUAGAUGCCCUCAAUCACACAAAUUAUUAAGGGACCUACCAGGUACAACCCUAAAUCCGUAACCAUGGGCACCCUCUUAGAUAUCAUCCUGACCAACUUGCUGACACUUCUGCUGUCUUCAACUAGGAUCUCAGCGAUCACUGCCUCUUUGCCUGUGCGCGUGAUGGGUCUGCGGUCAAACGACCCUUAUCACUGUCAAAUGCUCCCUAAAACACUUCAGUGAGCAGGCCUUUCUAAUCAACCUGGCCAGGUUUCCUGGAAGGAUAUUGACCUCAUCCCAUCAGUAGAGGAUGCCUUGUUGCUCUUUAAAAGUGCUUUCCCCUACAUCUUAAAUAAGCAUGGCCCAUUCAAGAAAUGUAGAACUAAGAACAGAUAUAGCCCCUGGUUCACCCCAGACCUGACUGCCCUUGAAAAGCACAAAAACAUCCUGUGGUGUUCUGUAUUAGCAUCGUAUAGCUCCCGCGAUAUGCAACUUUUCAGGGAAGUCAGGACCCAAUAUACUCAGUCAGUUUGAAAAAGCUAGCCUUAGCUUUCCUAACAGAAAUGUGCAUCCUGUAGCACUAAUUCCAAAAAGUUUUGGAACACUGUAAUGUCCAUGGAGAAUAAGAGCACCUCCUCCCAGCUGCACACUGCACUGAGGCUAGGAAACAUUAUCACCAUUGAUAAAUCUACAAUAAUUGAUCAUUUCAAUAAGCUUUUUCUACGGCUGGCCAUGCUUUGGCUACCCCUACCCCGGCAAAAAUCUCAGCACCCCCUAUAGCAUCUUGCCCAAGCCCUCCCGCUUCUCCUUCACCCAAAUCCAGACAGCUGAUGUUCUGAAAGAGCUGCAAAAUCGGGAUCCCUACAAAUCAGCUGGGCUAGACUAUCUGGACACUCUUUUUCUAAAAUUAUCUGCCGAAACUGUUGCAACCCCUAUUACUAGCCUUUUCAAGCUCUCUUUCGUAUUGUCUGAGAUCCCCAAAGAUUGGAAAGCUGCCGCAGUCAUCAUCCUCUUCAAAGAGGGAGACACUCUAGACCCAAACUGCUAUAGACCUAUAUCCAUCCUGCCCUGCCUUUCUAAAAUCUUUGAAUGUCAAGUUAACAAACAGAUCACCGACCAUUUCGAAUCCCACCGCACUUUCUCCACUAUGCAAUCUGGAUUCUGAGCUGGUCAUGGGUGCACCGCAGCCACGCUCAAGGUCCUAAACGAUAUCAUAACCGCCAUCGAUAAAAGACAGUACUGCGCAGCAGUCUUCAUCAACCUGGCCAAGGCUUUCGACUAUACCAAUCAUUGCAUUCUUAUCGGCAGACUCAAUAGCCUUGGUUUCUCAAAUCACUGCCUCGCCUGGUUCACCAACUGCUUCUCAGAUCGAUUUGACACACUGAACUCUGAGGGCCUGUUGUCCGGACCUCUGGCAGUCUCUAUGGGGGUGCCACAGGGUUCAAUUCUCGGGCCGACUCUUUUCUCUGUAUAUAUCAAUGAUGUCGCUCUUGCUGCUGGUGAUUCUCUGAUCCACCUCUAUGCAGAUGACACCAUGCUGUAUACAUCUGGUCCUUCUUUAGGCACUUUGCAAACAAACCUCCAAACGAGCUUCAAUGCCAUACAACACUCCUUCCAAAGCCUCCAACUGCUUUUAAAUGCAAGUAAAACUAAAAGCAUGCUCUUCCAGCGAUUGCUGCCUGCACCCUCCUGACCGACUAGCAUCACUACUCUGGAAGGUUCUGACUUAGAAUAUGUGGACAACUACAAAUACCUAGGUGUCUGGUUAGACUGUAAACUCUCCUUCCAGACUCACAUUUGCUCCUUUGCACCCCAGUAUCUCUACUUGCACAUUCAUCUUCUGCACAUGUAUCACUCCAGUGUUUAAUUGCUAUAUCGUAAUUACAUCACCACUAUGGCCUAUUUUAUUACCUUACCUCCCUUAUCUUACCUAAUUUGCACACACUGUAUAUAUACAUAUUUUUUAUUCUACUGUAUUAUUGACUGUAUGUUUGUUUAUUCCAUGUGUAACUCUGUGUUGUUGUAUGUGUUGAACUGCUUUGCUUUAUCUUGACCAGACCGCUACAACUUCAGGUGAAACUGGAGGGCGCGCAAUUCAAAUAAAUAAUCAUAACAAUUUUGGAUAUUAAACAUUUAGGUACAUAUAAGUGUCUUA